GAAAACAGUCUACAGCGCAAAAAUGAAAGAAAAGAUAUUUAACAAGUGAACAUUUUUGCAAUAUUAAUUAAAUUGAAGUAAAAGAAAAGUUACUUCGUUCAGUCGGAUGCAAAGCGACUUAAAUUCAAAAAGUGUUAUCAUGCAAAGUGAAUGCGUGUAAAACUCGAGCAAAAAGCAAGUGGUGAAUGAGGUUCCCAAAGCACGAUCAACGAUCAAGAGAUGGCAGCACGUAUUCUAUGUUGAAUGUCUGUCACACGUACAAUUUAAGCAAUUAAGCGCCGAACAUAUUAAAAUUUCGCUGACUACUAAUUAAUUACAAUGUAAUAGCCGCAGCAUUUUGUCCAUCGAGGGUAAAGAUCACUCGACAAUCACCUCGUUAUCGGUUCAGUGUCAAAAGUGUAUUCUUACCGGGAAUUUAGCGGGCAAUAGUUAUAGAGAAAAAAAAUGUGAAGAUCGUAUUAUUCAUUAAGGUUUCAGUGUGAAAAAUGCGAAAGUGCUUUCCAUGAAAUGUAAUCGAUUGAGUGACUGUGACUGUUACUUUCUUGUGUGUGAUUGAUAAAUAGAUUGUAAGUUGUAUGUUGUGAGGCUAUUCAUUGAGUGUUUGCUAGUUGAAUGGUGGGUAAUUUUGAAUGACAGUGAAAUCAGAGUUGUAACACAGUUACAGCAUAAUGAUUUGCUGAUAUUAGCGAUGGAAAGGUGCUGCUGCACACCGUUAAUCACAGUCUAGAAGAGAAAAAAACCACGACAAAGAUGACGAUAAUCAAUGGAACAAGUGCUGUGCAUCAUACAACUAAACGUAUGUUUACUUUUGAUCGGAUCGAGCACGUUGAUUGGGAAAGUGUGUUAUUUUCGGUGUGUAUGGCAUAAACGUGAACGUUUCACACACGCACACAUUCUUCCGAUCGCCAAGCAGAUAAACAAACCGAGAGUGGUCGAUGUGUGUUUUUUUCGUCUUGCUAUUCGUUACCGUCAUUUUGUAUCAAGAUAACGUAUAGAGUCAUUAUAUUAGUAAAUGUCAUUUCACGCAACUCACAAUCUAAAAUUACGCUGCUGUGCACGAGCAGCAACACUCACAUCGUCUACCAGAUUUAGAUAAUACUUUUGAGCAUGCUAUGCGAACACAUCAGAAAAAUCAGUUCAGUGUAAACGGUGUAAACGGUACGACGACAACGACGACGACGACAACAAACAAAUGCAUAAAACAAAAAUCGACACAUAAAUUAAUUAUUAUUUCAACGAUAAAACCAAACAACCUAGAUAAUCUAGUUGAUAGUCGUUUCAGCAUUGGCAUUUUACACUAUUUUAACACGCGAUAGAUACCGUUACCAUCAAUCAUUUGAUUCUUAUCUCGUUCGAUGUAGAAUCUUUAGCGAUAGAGUGAUUUUGCGGUUUAUCUUUAAAUAAAGCAUUGUUAAGAAAACGACAAGAACAUAAAUGUUUCGUUCAAAUUUUAAUUCAGUCGUCAUUUAAAUUAGGUUGUCUAUGCAAUUCGGUUUAAAUAAAGUUCACUAAUUUGGAUUAGAUCAAGUUGAAAUAAUGCCGAGCCACGACCCCGACCCGGAAAAGAAUUCGGUGAGUUCAGCCCGUGCCGACAAAGGAUGGAAUACCGAUUUGGUGGAACUGAUUUUAAACGAUAUCGGAGGCACAUUCAAAAAAUACCAAAUCAUCAACUAUAUUCUGUUCUGUCUACCAUUCGCUUUAUCCGGCAGUUUCGGACUGAACUAUGUCUUCACCGCGCUCAACGUUGAAUCUCGAAUGCGAGACCUUAGAUACGAACACUUUUGAACCAAAAUGGCUACAGAAUGCGAUACCAUAUUCAAAUAAAAAGCCGUCCAAGUGCAGCCGUUAUGAGCGUCAUAUAGAACCCACUCUGUAUUCAUUGUAUGAUAUAUGCCCGGAAAGUGAAUUCAAUCGUUCACAUGUGAUAGGAUGUAACCAGUUCAUUUACAAAACAGACGAGAUUUCGAUUAUGAAUGAUUUCCAUUUCACGUGUGAUGAUGAUGCAACGUGGAAAUUGGCAAUGGUUGGUACGGCAAACAAUUUAGGCCGUUUCAUCUUCAUGCCGAUAAUGAGUUUAUUUUCGGAUCGUUUUGGUCGCCGUACGAUAUUGAUAACGGGCGUAUUUUGCAGUUCGGUAUUCGCAUACAUUAGAUCGUUUGCACCAAAUUACGUGACUUUUGUCUUGUUUGAGUUUCUCGAUGCGGGCAUCGGUUCAGUGACAUAUUCAGCAUCGUUCAUCUUAGCAUUGGAAUGGAUUGGCACAAAAGACCGGGUUUUGUUGGGAAGCCUUGUGGUGGCCACAUAUCCACUGGGUCAAAUAUUUUUGGGUUUCACAGCACGAGCUGUUCGCAACUAUCGACAAUUAUUACAGAUAAUUUAUGCGCCCGGAUUUCUAAUUCUUCUCUAUUUUUGGAUUGCACCAGAAUCGAUCCGAUGGUUGAUUGUGAAUCAUAAGAAAAAACGAGUUUUAUCAACGUUGAAACGUGCGGAAGAAAUGAAUGGAUUGAAAUUAUCACAGAACACCGUCGAUCGUAUCGAUAUCGAAAUGAACGAAAAUUUCAAAACAAAAAAACCAGAUGAUGUGGGUCAUCACAGUGAUGAAAGUAAAUUACAGCAAAUUUGCGCGAUUUUUAAAAAAGGCAACCUAUUGAUGAGAUUUUUGAUUUGCGCCUUUGCAUGGCUAACAACUGCAUUUGUUUCGUAUGGCAUAAGUUUAACGUCGGUCUCACUCGCUGGUGAUAAGUACAUUAACUUUGUGGUGAUUGCAGUGGCGGGCAUUCCAGCAAUGUUGUUCGUUUACUUUUUGAUGGAAUCGUGCGGCCGACGAUGGACGAUUUCAAUGUCACUUUUGAUUGGAGGUGCAUCAAUACUUGCAUCAAAAACGUUGCCAUCUAAUUUUAGCAUACUGUCCAUCACGCUGUUUUUCAUCGGAAAAUGCUUUAUCACAGUCGCUUUCACCGCUUUGUAUGUCUAUACUAGCGAGCUUUGGCCGACGAAUAUUCGACACAGCAUGAUGGGAUUGUGUUCAACAAUUGGACGAAUUGGAGCUGCUUUAGCACCUAUGGCACCGCUGCUGAGUCAAUAUAUGGAAGUAUUGCCGUACUUAACAUUCGGUUUAAUGUCGUUGUUCGCGUCGAUUUUAAUACUCAGAUUACCUGAGACCUUGAAGCGAAAGUUACCUGACACACUAUCCGAGGCGGAACAAAUUGGACGGGAGUCUGACGAUGAAACAUCGUAGCCAUUGAUUACGUUGAUUAGCAAAAUAGAAAACCAAAUUUCAUCAUUUACAUAUUUAUAAAUAGUGGAUUCACUUAAUAAACUAAGUUGUUAUAAUGCAUUGUAACAAAGGAGCGACAUGGUUAGGAAUAAAUUGCAAGUAAGAAGUUCAAUCAACACAA